UAACUUAUCUUCUUUCCUCAGGUCAUUCCCCUUUCCCUUUGAGCUUUCUUUCAUACUUUUACCUAUUAUUCUCUCUAUAUAAAUUCCAUCUGAUCUGCGAUCUGUUCAUUCCCAACACAAAGUAGCCUCUUCUUCAAUCUUUUCUAGCUUUCCUGCCUUUUGCUCACUUCAAUUCCUAACUCUGUGUAUGGCCAGCUCUACAAUCAACCUUCAACCUUCCACUUGGGAAUACGAUGUGUUCUUGAGUUUCAGAGGUGAAGAUACGCGCAAAACCUUUACCGGUCAUCUUUAUUCUGCACUAUGUAAUGCAGGUAUUCACACGUUCAGAGACGAAGAGGAGCUAAGAAAGGGCGAAUCUCUAGCGCCUGAACUAACGAGAGCAAUCCAAAAUUCAAGGGUCUCUAUGAUACUUUUCUCGAAAAACUAUGCCUCGUCUAGGUGGUGCCUUGACGAAUUGCUUCAAAUCCUCGAGUGCAGGGAGAAGGGAAAACAGUUAGUCGUCUAUCCUAUUUUUUAUGAUGUUGAGCCUUCUGAAAUGCGUAGUCAAAGUGGGAAUUACAAUAUGGCUUUGGCAAAGCACGAGGAACGUUUUGGGGGAAGCGAUAAGGUAAAAAAAUGGAGAGACGCACUCACUAAAGUUGCAAAUAUGUCGGGAUGGGAUUUGCAAGGUCUCGCCAAUGGGUAUGAAUCAAAGUUCAUUGAUGAAAUUGUUCAAGACGUCCUACCAGUAGUUAGUCGGAUGCCAAUGUUUGUUGCCAAGCAUGUAGUUGGACUUGAAUCUCGAGUUGAUCACGUGCUCCAAAUCAAUUAUGGAGCACAUGACAAUGAUGUACGCAUGAUUGGGAUAUAUAGUAUGGGUGGCAUUGGAAAGAGUACUCUUGCCAAAGCUCUUUAUAACAAAUUGUUUGGUUACUUUGAAAGGAGUUGUUUUCUUGAGAUAAGUUCGGAAAUUUUAGAGACUAAAAAGUUACAAGAAGAACUUCUUAGUAAGCUUCUUAAAAGGAAGAUUGAAGUUGGCAGUGAAGAUGAAGGGAAAAUGUUGAUCAAGAAUUGGCUUCAAGCAAAAAAAUGUCUCGUUGUCCUCGAUAAUUUAGAGCUUAGAAACCAAUUUGAAGCAUUAUGUGGAGAACGAGAUUGGUUUGGUAAAGGCAGUACGCUUAUUUUAACAACUAGAGAUGCACAUGUGUUGAAAGAAUUGAAUGAGGGUGAAUGUUAUGAAGCCAAGGAAUUGGUUCAUGAGGAGUCUUUGCAACUCUUUACCCUACAUGCAUUUAGGAAGCCAACAUUACCAAAAGAAGAUUAUGCUGAGGUUUUAGAUGGCAUAGUGGCUUAUUGUGAGGGACUUCCAUUAGCUCUUAAAGUGUUAGGGAGUUAUUUAUCUGACAAAUUUAUGGAGGAAUGGAUUAGUGCCUUUGAAAAAUUGAGAAAAAUUCCUCAUAAUGAUGUUCAAGCUAAACUUAAAAUUAGCUAUGAAGGACUUCCAGAUGAUCAUAUCAAAUCUCUUUUUCUUGAUCUUGUUUGUUUCUCUGGUGGAAUUUCCGAGGAGACUAUUAAUGCCAUGGGAUAUUUCUCAACCAUUGAGAUUCGAAACUUAGUUGACAAAUGCUUGAUAAAUUACUCAUCAUGGUCCCACUGGAUUAGUAUGCAUAGCUUAAUUCGAGAGAUGGGAAGAGAAAUUAUUCGUUUAGAGUCUCCCAACAAGUCAGGUGAACGCAGCCGAUUGUGGUGCCCUAAUGAUAUCCAUGAUGUUCUUAUAGAACAAAAGGGUACGGAAAAGCCCCCACUGAGACUCGAACCCACCACCUCCUGUAUAAAGGGAAGGGUUUGAUGCCACUGGACUACAAGGUCCUUGGCCCAUGCAAGUCACUUAAAUGCUUGCAAUGGAAUUACUGUCCUUUGAAAUAUAUCCCAUCGGGUUAUGUUUUUGAGAAGCUCGUGAAGCUGGUAAUGCGGAGGAGCAACAUUAAAGAAUUUGGAGCCCCACUAAAGUAUUUUCAGUGUCUUGAGUCUUUGGAUCUUGGAGAGUGUGAAUAUCUCACGAGGACUCCGGACUUUAGCGGUGCAAAAAAUCUUGGUACGCUAAAAUUUGUGGGAUGCUCAAGUUUGGAGAAGGUGCACUCUUCCAUUGGAGACCUGAGGAUGCUAGUUGAAUUAAAUUUGGGGGGAUGUACAAGGCUGAAGAAACUUCCAAGGAAGUUUUGGCAUUGGCAGUUGAGAUCAGUAGAAGAUCCAUCAUCAUCAGUGCGCUAUUCCUCAAAAAUAAAGGAACUGGGUGAAAAUUUCGGGAUCUUAACCUCACUACGAAAGUUGGAUCUAAGUUUUACCAAUAUUCACAUCCUGCCCUCCAACACCCCUCAUUUGUUAAAGCCUCCUAAAUCAAUCCCAAAUUUCAUGAGGAGUUUCUUCCGGAAUUACCACCUCAAACUAAUCCAACAAUUUCCUCCUAAUCUUGAGGUUAUUAAUUUACAGAACUGCAAAAACCUAGAAGUAGUCUCAGCAACACUUCCUACUUGCCUUAAGUGGAUUGAUUUAUAUGCCUGCACAAACCUAAAAAUGCUGCCUGAACUUCCUCACACUAUUGCGCAUAUUUGGUUAAUAGACUGCAAAAACCUAAAGAUGCUCUCACAACUUCCUCAAACUCUCCUAUCCCUUUAUGCUAUCAAUUGUGAGUGGCUGGAAACAGUACACUUACCAAAUAUGUUGAAAUUUGUGAAUCUCACUAAUUGCAAAAAAUUAAAGGAGAUUCAAGGCUGGGAGAAUGCUCAAUUUUUAAGGGAAAUCAAAUUAAUAGGUGUUCCCUGUAUCAACUUUUCAGAAAACAUAAAUCAAAUUUUAAAAGUUUCCAAGUUGGAUUCCAAUAUUAAAUUUGAAGGAAGUCUUCCAAAUAAUGAAACUUUGAGUUGGCUUAUGUUUGAGGAAAAUGGAUCAUCAUCAUCAUCAAUAUCUUUCCCAUGGCCGCGAUUAAUAUCUAAUUUGGAAUUCCUUGGAAUUUGUAUUUGGGUGGUGUCCAAACUCUGUCCAUCUCAUGAUACUUAUUACAGUAGCGGAAUUGAAAAAGAUGGCUUCACAGUCUACAAAAAGCUCACAUUAAAUGAAGUCGAAUUGAAAAGGAUGGUUUCAAAUGUAGAGUUCAUUCUACCGGGUUCUUUUAAAGUUAUAAAAACUGGAGAAGUCAUUAAAUUAACUCUUAAAUUUAAAUUUGAAAAAGGUAUAGCGAUGAAAAUAAGUGUUGAAGCAUUGUAUAGAGAUAGAGAAGAUGACUCCCUACAAUUUUUAUGUCUUGCUAAAUUUGACUUCAACACACAAGAAAAAGAAGAAGAACAAAAGGACUUUUGAAGCCGACCUAGCUAAUAUGUGACCCAUAAAUAUUCUUUCUGCAUAAUUUUUUUUUGUUAAUAUUAUUUUGUAUUCUAUAACUUCUUUUGUGCUUAAUAAUUAAUAGCAUUAUAUUUUGUACUUA